UCGGUCCUCUGGUCGCUAGCGUCUUUGCGCCCUCACCUACCCGUACAGAGUCUCCGGCCUCCGGCGACUGUCCCCACGUGUUCCGAAGCCCCAGGUGCCGCCGCGCUGGCUCCAGAAGCCAAGAGGCCGAGGGGACCGGAGCGCGCUGGCGGCUGCCGCACCACGUAUGCUAACCGGGAUAGCGCGGGCGGAGCGGGCCGGAGCUGGCUCCUCCAGCCCCAGCGCAAACCCGUUGCCACGCGCCGUGUCUCCGGCCGGCGUCCCAGUCCAGUACAAGCCUCUAGGGCAUUUGGGGACACUGUCUGGACAGCGCAAUGGACACGGUCUGCAAAGGAAACGGUGCCUCCUCCUGGACGGCGGCGGCGGCGGCGGCGGCGCGGGGAGCUGGCAGGCAGCGGCGAGAUGGGGCCCCUCCGAGAGAGCAAGAAGGAGCAGAGAGUACAGCAUCAUGAGAAGGAGAUUUCCAGGAGCCGGAUUCCCCGGUUGAUUCUGCGGCCCCAUCUGCCUCAGCAGCAGCAGCAGAACAAGGUUUCCCCAGCCUCGGAGUCUCCCUUUUCUGAGGAAGAAAGUAGAGAGUUCAACCCCAGCAGCUCUGGACGCUCAGCAAGGACGAUUAGCAGCAACAGCUUCUGCUCAGAUGACACAGGUUGUCCCAGCAGCCAGUCGGUAUCCCCUGUGAAGACCCCCUCAGACACAGGGCACAGUCCCAUUGGCUUUUGCCCUGGGAGCGAUGAAGACUUUACCAGAAAGAAAUGCAGGAUUGGAAUGGCUGGUGAGGGAAGUAUCCAGUCAGCUCGUUAUAAAAAAGAAUCCAAAGGAGGCAUCAUAAAGCCAGGCAGUGAAGCAGAUUUUAGCUCCUCGAGCAGCACAGGCAGCAUCUCAGCUCCUGAGGUCCACAUGUCCACAACAGGAAACAAGCGAGCUUCUUUCUCACGCAACCGAGGUCCUCAUGGGCGGAGCAAUGGAGCAUCAUCCCACAAGUCGGGCAGCAGCCCACCAUCCCCAAGGGAAAAAGACCUUGUGUCUGUGCUGUGCAGGAAUCCACUGAGCCCCAGUAACAUCCACCCUAGUUACGCCCCUUCUUCUCCAAGUAGCAGCAACUCCGGCUCCUACAAAGGAAGUGAUUGUAGUCCAGUCAUGAGAAGGUCUGGAAGAUACAUGUCUUGUGGAGAAAAUCAUGGUGUCAAACCCCCAAAUCCGGAACAGUAUUUGACUCCUCUACAGCAGAAGGAGGUCACAGUGAGGCACCUGAAGACCAAGCUGAAGGAGUCUGAGCGCCGACUCCAUGAGAGGGAAUCUGAAAUCAUGGAGCUCAAGUCUCAGCUGGCUCGAAUGAGGGAAGACUGGAUUGAGGAAGAGUGCCACAGAGUGGAGGCUCAGCUGGCACUCAAAGAAGCCAGAAAAGAGAUUAAGCAGCUCAAACAGGUCAUUGAGACGAUGAGGAGCAACUUGGCUGAUAAAGACAAAGGCAUUCAGAAGUACUUUGUGGACAUAAACAUC